GCCGCGUUCUCCUCCUCCCGUAAAGGCGACUUCCUCGCGCGGCUCCGCUUCCCAUUCCCUCGUCUCCACGUCGAGACACCCGCGCGUGCAACGAAGCCGGCCGCCGCAAGAUCCGACAUCGGCCCCCCACCAUGAGCGCUGCAGAGGAGGAGAACAGAUCCGCCACCGCCGCCGAAGUAGGCAGGGAGGAGGAGAGGAGGGAGCGAGGCGGCGGGCUGGUGUCGGGCCUGGUGGACAAGGCGAAGGGGUUCGUGGCGGAGAAGGUGGCGCAGAUUCCCAAGCCUGAGGCGUCGCUGGAGCGCGUCUCCUUCAAGGGCGUCAACCGCGAGUGCAUCACGCUCCACAGCCACGUCGACGUUAGCAACCCCUACGCGCACCGCAUUCCCAUCUGCGAGAUCACCUACACCUUCAAGAGCGCCGGCAAGGUGAUAGCAUCGGGGACGAUGCCUGACCCCGGGUGGAUCGCGGCGAGCGGCAAUACCAAGCUGGAGCUGCCGGUGAAGGUGCCGUACGACUUCAUCGUGUCGCUGAUCAAGGACCUGGGCGGGGAUUGGGACAUCGACUACGUGCUGGAGGUGGGGCUCACCAUCGACCUCCCCGUCGUUAGCAGCUUCACCAUCCCACUCACCACCGAGGGUGAGAUGAAGCUCCCCACCUUCCGGGACCUGUUGUUUUGAAUAUUUUCGACUUGUUCUUGGUGAACGGAUCGAUUUAUUUAUCUAUAUGUCGUUAGUUU